CGACUUUCGAUGUGUUGUCGCUCGCAGUAUGCAGCUGUCGAGACGCGAGAGGAUCUUUCGUACGAUCGGACGGGAUAAUUGUGUCUCCAACAUCUGAUUUACGUUCGACGGUCAAAUUUUCCCGUAACGUUUGUGAGAAGCAUACGCCUUCCUGUUCGUAUUAAGAUCAAUCGUAUCGAUUCAGCCGUCGUAUGGAAAGAACGUGUUUCGUCUCGAGAACGGAGUGUAACUCCGAUUUUCGCGAGGAGACGAUGAGUCCGCGUACGUCCGGGAUAUUGAAAGCAUCACGAUGAGCCGCGACAACGACGAUACCGGGAUGCUGAUAAGUUGCAACACGCUUCGCUGGACCUCCUAGAGAUUCUCGCAAUUGUGCAAACGGAAGAAAAGACGAGAGAGAGAGAAAAGGAAAAAGACGAGUCGUUCCCAACGUUACGUUGCAUCUUGGCACGCGAUGGAGCGUUACUUCGGGGAGGAUUGUGCGUGCUUAGGGGACGUGCGUGUGCAUGCGUGAGGUCGUCCAAUCGUCUCUCUCGACGAGAAAAAGUCCAUCGUGCCGCUGUUGCCAUUUAUCGUGCCAUGCGUUCAAUCGCCAAGCUACCGUUUGUCCGUUGUAAACCGAACGUUACUAAUUAACGCCGGAAUUGUUGUCAGUGCAACUGUCGGAAUCACUUGUCGUCAGUUAUAAUGCGAAGGCGAUAUCGAUGCAGUUUAAAAGAGCGCCCAGGAUAAUAUUAUCGGACUUCGGAGUUCAGCAGGAUAAGCGGCAGUAUUGAAAUUAGCGGCAGAAGAAAAAUAUUCUCGAGAUAAAGUGAACAAACAUGAGGGUUACGGCGUGUCAUUUUCGUCGCUGCAUAAUAGCAGGACUAUCUAUAGCACUCCUAUUUUGCGUCGUACAAGUGAUACGAAUAGAGUUAGGAUUUAAUGAGUCUGACAUGUCAAAUUUAAACAAAUUAAUGUAUAUAUCACAAUUGAUCAAAGAGUCAGAGCAGUCUUAUGUGAGAGACGGCAUUGUUGCUUGCAAGUUACCUCAGUUAAAUAUCUCUAGUCCGGAAAUAAUGAAGUUUAUACAUGACGUGCCACCCUUAUCUUGUGGACCAGAAGACUGGGUUAUAGUGGAAAAUUCAAGGCUUGUUAUUACUAAUAAAGCGAAGGCGAAGCACGGACAAAUAAGAUGCAUCUUCAGUGAAAUUAUCAGAACAGAUGAUUACAAUACAAAGUUAUUGGACGGUAUAGAAGCUGAUGAUUUCUACAUUCUGAGAGAGAGCGAUUUUGCAGACGUCAACUGCAAGUCGAAGAGUGGAGAUGUGUGGCACAGUACACUCGCUGGUGUAAAAUACGACCCGUAUAUCAAGCAGAAGCACAAUUGGGAGAACGUACCAAGUACAGGCAUGAAAUUAAACGUGCUUAUGUUUGGCUUCGAUUCGCUGUCACGAAACACGUUUAUUCGCAAGCUGCCUAAGACAUAUAGUUUCAUCAAACAACUGGACGCUCUGGUGUUAGAGGGAUACAACAUCGUGGGGGAUGGCACUCCGCAGGCGCUUAUUCCAAUUUUAACUGGCAAGAUUGAGCUUGAAUUACCGGAAACGCGGAAACGAAUUCAAAAAGCAAAUUACGUUAACGUAUAUCCAAUGAUAUGGAAUAAAUACGAGGAACACGGAUACAUAACAGGCUUUAUGGAAGAUGUACCGCACAUCGGGACGUUUACUUAUCGCCUGAAGGGAUUUGACAAGCAACCGACUCACCACUAUAUGCGCACCUAUUACCUAGCCGCCUCUUCAUACUUCAAAUCAUAUAAUAAAUACUGUAUAGCUGGUACUUCACGCCACAUGGUGAUGAUGAAUUACAUAAAAACGAUAUUCAAUGCACAUAAAAAGCAGCCAAAAUUCGCGUUUGGAUUUCAUGGAGAGCUUUCCCACGACUCUUAUAACGAUAUCGGAGUGGUGGAUGACGAUUUGUAUUCUUGGGUAAAAGAUCUUCACGAUCUUGGGCACUUAAACAAUACUAUAUUAAUUUUGAUGAGCGAUCAUGGACACAGGUUCGCAGAUAUUCGUAACACUUUGCAAGGCAAACAAGAGGAAAGACUGCCGUUUUUCUCCUUCACUUUUCCACCCUGGUUCAAGCAAGCCUAUCCACAAGCAUACGCAAACUUUGUAUACAACACACAAUACUUGACAACACCAUUUGACAUACACAAGACGUUGGAGAAUAUACUUAACUUUGAUACACCAAAAGAUGGAGAUCGUCGUCAAAGAGCUAUCAGUUUGUUUGACAAGGUGCCUCUAGAUAGAACAUGCGCAGAUGCGUUUAUAGAGCCGCAUUGGUGUGCAUGCCUCGGGUGGAAAGAAGUCUCAAUUGAUGAUACUAAUGUUGUGGCGGCUGCCAACUACUUUGUUCAAUUUCUGAAUGGUUACACGGAAGAGCAUCACAAUAUAUGCGCGAUACUGCACUUGGACGAGAUUUUGUGGGCUGCUAAGCUCAUACCCACUAAAGGUUUACUUAAUUUCCGAAAAUCCGGAGAUCAAGACGGCUUUAUAGGUGAUUUCAGUGCCAAAACCAAAGUAACGACUGAAAUUUAUCAAUUGAAAGUAAGAACGGUACCGGGUAACGCGUUGUUCGAAGUUAGCAUUAUUCAGGAUCUUGCGAAGAACACUUUCCAUACUAAGAUCUCCGAUGUUAGUAGAAUUAAUAUGUACGGGUCUCAGGCGAGGUGUGUGGAAAACUCGCUGUUUCAUUUACGCAAAUAUUGUUAUUGCAAGGAAUAGAUGACGCUUACGUAGCAUAAUUUUCAACGUUGUCCACACAGGGACAGCAUCGAAACAUCAAUCAAAAGAACUCUCGAUUGUAGGGACGUUAUUUAAUUUUAAACAAAGGUGCUGUGAUUAAUAUCCUUUUCAUUUUUGCUAUACAAAGCUGCACAUACUAGACUGGUUUUAUAUUUAUCUUAAUUGAUCGAAUUAUUUGCCGAUUUUAAUUUACCGCUGAAUUUACCGGUGAAACAUACUUUUGGAGAAAUAUCAUAUGAUACAUAUCACUUCUAAUUGUAAGAGUUCUCAUUUUUAUCACAGUAGCAAUUAUACAGGCAAACGGCGUGUUAAUUCUAGAAUGCAAGAUACUUUACGUGUUUUGCAUAUAUGCAAAAGAUAUCAAUAAAUUGUUACUUUUGCAUGAUAUCGCCCAAGAUUAUAAUGCAUAAUAAUGAUGUAUACAUAUAACAUGUAAAUAAUAAUCUUCGGCGAUUAGUUAUAAUUUUCGAGUUAUUUAGAAACUCUGUAAGAUGCAUUAACGUAUGCAUUUCCAAAUUUUUGUUUGGAAAUAAUCCAUGUGUGCCAACAUAUUGUAAUACUAAUUGAAAUUGUAAUAGUUCCAAAUUUUUCAAAUAUAUUUUUUUUAGAAAUUAUAUUGAAUUAUCUAUUUUAUUUUAUUUUUUUUCACAAUGAAAACAAUAUUGUGCAGAUAAUAACGAUAGUAUGGGGAGGGUGAUUCUACCUAUAUUGUAAACUGUAAAAAUAAAAGGCUCGUAACGCAUACAAACAGAAUACAGUAAUUAACAUUUAGGAAAUAUUACUUAUAAGAUAUCUUUUAUUAUAAGAUCUGUAUGAUAACACAUAAACUAAAUAUGUAUGCUAGUCAUAUCUAAGUCACAUAAGGACGGGCUAAUUCUUAUUCAAACAAAAUAUUCACGAGAACAAGACGCUUUAAAAAUAUAAAUAUUUUAUAGAGCGAUUGCUAUCGUGAUUUACUGUAUACUUACACUUAAUGUCUCUAAAUAAAACAGAUUCUUGUAAUCUUUAUAUGCAAAUUUCACAAGUGUUACGCACUUAUAUAUUUGUAUAUUCGUGGACUGUAAUAUGAUCAUACAUACGCAUAAUUUCUGUGAAUGUCGAUGUAUUUUACAACAAACUAUUUAUUUAAAAAGAUUUAAAAAAUAAUAAUUAGUCAAUAUGUGCGAUAAUUAUGUGAUCGAAGAAAGACUUGAAUCGUUUUAAUUUUUGAUGGAAUAUAGAUUGGGUUUAAUAUUAAAAAUGAAAUUGAAUCCUAUCUAAUGACAGCUUUUUUAUCAUUUUUAUGAUGAAUGGAGUGACUUGUGUAAUUCGUAUAUGUGUAAAAAUUACGUGCAUGCGUAAAACGAUAAUAUUUUAAUUAAAUAAUUCUUUCUAUAUACGAUAAGAAAAUUGUAUGUAAUUAAAUUAUACGGAAGAGCAUACAGAGAUAAAUAUACUUAAGCUCGUUUUGCAAUUGAAUAAAUUAUCUUAUAUGAAA